AUGCUGUUCGUCCUUGGGGAUCACUUCGCGGUAGAGACGGAUUGCUUUGCCCGCGAGGAUCGACUGCGGAUCGAUGCGAUGGAUCAGGACAUCAAGGAUUUCCUGUGGGUAGCUUUGAUACGAGUCGAGAUCACCAAGUACAAUGUCGACCCGAUCGAUGCCAUCGAAGAUGGCUCUGAUGUUCGAUUGAACAUUUAUCUGAGUUUGAUUUUUACUACAAAAUUUGUUCAACCUAGUGAGGAUGUUCCUUCGUGGAUGUCCAACCAAACCAUCCAGGCGCUCAUCAUGGCCAUUUUUGGUGGAAUCAACCGUAUCGAUGUAGUGUUGGGCGAUCUUUCUCCAGAUCAAAGUUAUCCGUCAAUCCUGGAUCAUUUAAUCCGCGGCGAUGAUUCUCGAGCGAUUCUUCACGGAAAAACGAUUCGCUUCUACCAUGACGUAAUUCCCGGCCGUAAAGACGCAGGCUGCAACAGUGCUUGGCCAGUAUUGUCCGCCAGUAAAAUAAAUGUGGCGGAUGCUUACGAUGACGAUUGGGAACAAGAAUUCGCUGACAUGUCGAGGUUCAUAAAGUGGGAUCGAAGUUAUGAGUCGUUUGCGAAAAUUUUCGAUCAGAAUCAACGCUACGGUUACUUGGUGUUCUCUAGUUGGUUCAAUUUCCAGUUAUCGAUGGCGUGUCUUCUGGAUCCGUAUGCUACGUACUUGAUUUUUCUGAGUGAUGGACAUCGCUUCGACUUGGUUGAAGUAGCAACGUUAACACAACGUGUUUGGUUUAAUCAAGGUAUCUCUAGGAUAUUCUUCGUAAUUGAUGAAAGGAUCUACACAUUCGAUCCCUUCCGCGUCGUUGCACCUAGAGAAUACGGCGUAAUGAUAGAAUUGAGAGGGAUGAAUGACAUUCCAAGUGUUCCGAAAGAUGACUUCAAAGGCUAUCCUCUCAGGGUCGACAGAUUUCGAUCAACUUUCUCUCGAAAGUUACUCAACAACGAAGGAAAUGUCAUUGACUAUGUUGGACCAGAUCCUGAAGCGUGUCGUGUUUUUGCUCAAGCAUUGAAUAUGACAACUAACAUCACGAUCCUAGCCGAUGGUGAUUUCGGGUUCAAACUGACGAACGGAAGCUUCAAUGGGGCCCUCGGUCGGCUUUCCCGGCGGGAGAGCGACAUUGUUAUCGUUGGAUACUUCAUCAAGGACUAUUUUAGCUACAACACGGAGUUCACGACCGGGAUCUACACCGAUGAACUUUGCUGCCUAGUGCAGAAGGCCAGUCGUGUACCAGACUACCUGUUGCCGAUCACCAUCUUCCCAGCAAAUCUUUGGGGGUUACUAUUUUUGACGGGAAUUGUUUGUUCUGUAACAUGGAUCAUCAUUCGGGCGGGCAUUCGUUUCAAAGCAGAAAAUUACGUGAAUUCGAAGCAACGCCUACAGCUAAGGGAUCUGUUCAAUUUAUCCAAUUCUAUUCGGAAUGCUCCGUUGUAUCGUAAGAUGAUUCAGAUUGUUGUUGACACAUAUAUCAUACUUGUGAGCGCUCCCUACCGGAGAUUUACUCGAUCCGGCAUUGAACGUUUGAUUCUUGUUGGCAUUAUGAUGGUUAGUUUGAUCUUCGUGUCUACGUUUCAAUCAAGAUUAUCAUCGGUGUUCUUGCAUCCAAUGUAUUACAAGGACAUCGACAGUCUCCAGAUGCUGGAUGAGUCCGGCAUAAUAAUGCCCGUCAAGUAUAAGGGCUUCCUGGAUGACGUGUUCCCGGCCAACUAUAGCUCGAUGAUGACUUCCCUGCGCAACAAAAUGGUUUACGACCCGGAACAGGAUGGCUUUACAUUGGAUCUAGUGGUCCGUUCACCGGAAAUUUCUUUUGUCACUCGCAAGUCCUUGGUUCCAUUGGACGCCGCCAUUUACGUAGCAAGAAAGCAAGUAAUCGUAGUUCCCGAGUGUCCGCGAUUGUACAAUCUUGCUUUUGUGGUUCCACGCCACUCGGUGCUCUUGGAAAGGAUCAACGCGGUCAUUUUGCGAAUGUUGAACGGUGGCUUGAUCAACCACUGGAUCGAUGUAAUGAACUUUAAUGCGACUGUGCAAAAUCUCGCAUUGUACAGAAGUAUUAAUGAAGAAAAGUUCAAGAUUUUAACCCUCAAAGAUUUGCAAUUUCCCUUCUAUGUGUGGGCCAUCGGGCUAAUUUUGAGCAGUAUGGUUUUCAUGUGCGAAAAAACGUACUACAGACUGGCUGUGACCAACAGAAUAAUCUACACCUGA